AAUAGCACAUAUUUGUGAAAUAAUGUUUUCUGGACUGUCCUUCCAGAUGUUAAGUUUUCAUUAUUCUUUACAUAUUCUGAUACUGCUACAUAGUUAUAUGUUGCUACUUAUUAAUGAUUACAGAGUCAUGCAAUUUCCAGAGGCUGCUCAUUUUUAAACAUGCUAUAAUUUAUCUUGAUCCUGCUGUCCUAUGUGGUUUGUGUCAUUCUGUUUGACUUGUACUUUUGUAGCCUUUAUUGUUUUUACACUAUUUGCACUUUAUGCAGUUUAAUUAUUGUAAUUAGUUCUGGAUGCUUGAUAUUUGUUCCCAAAUGAAUAACUAAAAACCGACUUGACUUGACUAACUUAUUCCAUUGCACUGGAACUGGAUUCAUUCUUAAGCCGUUAUUUAUGUCUAUUAUUCAGAAUCCUGCCAUGUAUCAUCUAAAAUUGCCUGCCCUGCUUUUUAUGCUACUUGUGCUGCUGCAGUGUGUGACCACGGCACCAAACAACAGGUUUUCCAUCUCCUCAACGGAGCCGGUGGAUGAAACACUGGAUGGGAAAAUAUGGACAGACCCAGGCUUGUUGAUGAACCCUUUCCUCCAAUUUGCAGGGUUGCAGACCAAGAGGGGACUCAACACUCAAGUCAACAGCCUGCAGCACCACAUAGAGAAGAGAAGAUGCAACACGGCUACAUGUAUGACCCAGAGGCUGGCAGACUUCCUCAUUCGCUCCAGUAACACUGUUGGCACUGUCUACAUCCCCACUAACAUUGGCGCAAACACCUACGGCAAGAGGGAUGUGUUCCAAUCACCCAACUCACUGCCUCUUUAGUCUCCUCUUGUGUAUAUAUACAAACACAGAGCCACUGUAACAAAACUGGCCAUAAUAAUGAUGAUGAUGAUGAUGAUGAUGACGAUGAUGAUGAUGAUCACAGUGACCCAUCUGAGUUUUAUUUUGCUGUUUUAUUUUCCAUGUCUGUGCCUUUUGUUAUGAAACAUACAACAUUAUAAUGUACAA